AUAACCAUACACAUUAACCAUGUUUUCAUCCGGCAGAUACACUCUUCAAGCACGACAAUGUAUACGUGCACUGAAAGCAGUUCAGACAGAGCGAGUGGCUUCUCAGCUCUACACAAGACAAAGCUCGUCUACUUCAGUGCCACGGAUUACAUCCCAUUAUACCAUCUACCCUAGAGACAAGGAUCCACGAUGGGAAGGUGUGGACAUGGAGCGAUUUGCAGAUGAGGCAGAUGUUGUAAUCGUGGGUGGCGGCCCUGCUGGCCUCUCAGCAGCCAUCCGACUAAAGCAGCUGGCCAGUCAGCAUGAGAAGGACCUGAGAGUAUGUGUUGUGGAGAAGGCAUCUCAGAUCGGAGCUCACACACUUUCUGGGGCCUGUCUGGAACCCUCUUCUCUCUUUGAGCUGUUCCCAGACUGGAAGGAGAGAGGGGCACCUCUAAACACACCAGUUACAGAAGACAGAUUUGCCAUUCUUACUGAAAAAUACAGGAUCCCUGUUCCAAUACUGCCAGGUCUGCCCAUGAACAAUCACGGGAACUACAUUGUACGUCUGGGUCACUUUGUACGCUGGCUGGGUGAGCAGGCUGAAGAACUCGGGGUUGAACUAUACCCAGGCUACGCUGCAUCUGAGGUUUUGUUUCAUGAGGAUGGAAGCGUAAAAGGAAUAGCAACCAAUGAUGUGGGCAUCGCUAAAGACGGCUCUCCAAAGGACGUGUUUGAAAGAGGCAUGGAGCUCCAUGCUAAGGUCACUCUUUUUGGGGAAGGAUGCCAUGGGCAUCUGGCCAAGCAGCUGUACAAACAGUUCAACCUCAGGGAAAACUGUGAGCCUCAGACCUACGCCAUUGGCCUUAAAGAGUUGUGGGUUAUAGAUGAAAAGAAAUGGGCCCCGGGCCGGAUAGAGCACACAGUGGGUUGGCCUUUAAACCGCAACACGUAUGGUGGCUCCUUCCUGUACCACCUAAAUGAGGGAGAACCGCUGGUGGCCCUGGGGUUUGUGGUGGGUUUGGACUAUUCCAACCCCUACCUGAGUCCAUUCCGAGAGUUCCAGCGCUGGAAGCACCACCCGUCGGUCAUUGCCACUCUGGAGGGAGGGAACAGAAUAGCGUACGGAGCCAGAGCUCUCAACGAGGGAGGCUAUCAGUCGUUGCCCAAGCUGACCUUCCCAGGAGGUGCUCUGAUCGGCUGCAGCCCAGGCUUCAUGAAUGUCCCCAAAAUCAAAGGUACACACACAGCCAUGAAGAGCGGCAUGCUGGCAGCUGAGAGCAUCUUUAAAAAACUCACUGAUGAGAACCUACACUCUGACACAGCUGGUCUGUAUGUUCCUGAAUAUGAGAAUAAUCUGAAGAAUUCCUGGGUGUGGAAGGAACUGUAUGCCGUGAGGAACAUUCGUCCAUCGUUCCACAACUAUUUUGGUCUGUACGGGGGGAUGUUCUACACUGGAGUCUUCUACUGGAUACUGAGAGGAAAAGAGCCAUGGACACUUAAACACUGUGGUCUGGAUUCUGCCCAGCUAAAGCCAGCCAAGGAUUGCACGCCCAUCGAGUACCCAAAGCCUGAUGGAAAAAUAAGCUUUGACCUGCUGUCAUCAGUGGCGCUAAGUGGGACCAAUCACGAACAUGAUCAGCCUCCUCACCUCACACUGAAGGACGACAGUGUUCCUGUAGCACAGAAUCUUGCCAUGUAUGAUGGUCCUGAACAGAGGUUCUGUCCUGCAGGUGUGUAUGAGUAUGUUCCACUGGAGUCAGGGGACGGCAUGAGGCUACAGAUCAAUGCCCAGAACUGUGUGCACUGUAAGACAUGUGACAUUAAAGAUCCCAGCCAGAACAUCAACUGGGUGGUACCUGAAGGAAGUGGGGGUCCUGCCUAUAACGGCAUGUGAUCAUAUCAUGACGUUUGUUUUGUCCUACCUUAUUUUGCAGUUUUUUCAGGAACGCUUAAUUACACACUCAUAAAACAUUAGUGCUGGGAACACCAACAGGUAGGAAGCUUCCAGAAGGAGGUCUGUAUUAAUGUUCUGACAGAAAAUAAUAUUUCCAUAUCUGCCGGUGUGUGUUCAUUUGUGAAACGAUGCCUUGUGUGACUUAAAUGAUAUUGUGAAUGUACACAAUAUGGUUAAAAAAAAAAAAAAAAAAAAAAAAAUACUGGGACACCUGACAACAAUUUUGUUUGACAUCCCAUUCCAAAACCAUGGGCAUUUAUAUUAAAUUGUUUCCCUGGUCCCCUUUCCUUUGUAGCUUUAAUAUCUUCCACUCUUCUGGGAAGUCUUUGUACAAGACUAGAGUUUGUCUGUUGUAAUUUGUGCCCAUUCAGAGUCACUGAGGUCAGGCACUGUUGUUGGAAGGCUUGACUUACAAUCCAAAUUUAAUUCAUCCCAAAAGUGUUAAGUUUGGUUGAGAUCAGGGCUCUGAAAAUGAAACUGGGGCUCCUUUGCACACAACUAGUCAAACUACACUGAUCAGCCAUAACAUUAAAACCACCUACUUGUUUCUACACUCACUGUCCAUUUUAUCAGCUCCACUUACCAUAUAGAAGCACUUUGUAGUUCCAUACAUACCUUUUUACCUUUCACCCUGUUCUUCAAUGGUCCAGACCCCCACAGGACCACCACAGAGCAGGUAUUAUUUAGGUGGUGGAUCAUUCUCAGCACUGCAGUGACAAUGACACGGUGGUGGUGUGUUAGUGUGUGUUGUGCUGGUAUGAGUGGAUCAGACACAGCAGCGCUGCUGGAGUUUUAAAAUGCCGUGUCCACUCACUGUCCACUCUAUUAGACACUCCUACCUAGUUGGUCCACCUUGUAGAUGUAAAGUCAGAGACGAUCGCUCAUCUAUUGCUGCUGUUUGAGUUGGUCAACUUCUAGACCUUCAUCAGUGGUCACAGGACGCUGCCCACGGGGCGCUGUUGGCUGGAUAUUUUUGGUUGGUGGACUAUUCUCAGUCCAGCAGUGACAGUGAGGUGUUUAAAAACUUCAACAGCGCUGUUGUGUCUUAUCCACUCAUACCAGCACAACACACACUAACACACCACCACCACAUUAAUGUCACUGCAGUGAUGAGAAUGAUCCACCACCUAAAUAAUACCUUCUCUGUAGUGGUCCUGGGAGAGUCCUGACCAUUGAAGAACAGCAUGAAAGGGGGCUAACACAGCAUGCAGAGAAACAGAUGGACUACAGUCAGUAAUUGUAGAACUACAAAGUGCCUCUAUAUGGUAAGUGGA